AUCAUUCGGCUGCUAGAGCUUUUUUUUGAGAGAAAAAAAAAAGUUAUUGCUCAAAAUCUAUUAGUUAUUAAACAAGCACUUAAACGGUUUCAGCUCUACGAUUUUUCAUCUUCUUUUAAUCUCUUCUUCCCUGUCCUUGUCCUGAACAAGUUUGACUUCCCAUAUGGCACUGAAUUCCCAAUUGUGUGAUCUUGUGACUAAUACUACGGUGGAGAAUGGGGUUCUUAUUGUAACUUGAUAAGGAGGUGCUCAUGACAGCGAUAUUUGAAUAUUAAGCUUUUGCUGAUGAACAUGAUGUUACUGUUAGUUUUACUGAUAAUCACUGCCGUGUUUCUUUAAAUAUUGGAUCAAACAUUGUAAUGGGUAGGAGAAAAAUUCUUCUGCCCCUGUUCUACUCUUGUUUAAUUUCCCAUCAUUGACUGACUGCUGUGAUGGAAUAUGGAGAUUCCAUCAUGCUGUUUAUAAUCCGACCCAGUUUGGUAGCAGACUAUAUUUAUCUGCAUUUGAACAUGUUAGUUGUUUAUUAUUUUCCAGUAUUUGAUUUUCUGUUUUUUCUGUCUUUCUCUAUCUUUUAUUGUGGGGUAGGAUCUUUAGGCUCUGCGAAAGUCAAUGGUGGAUAUGGAGGGCACAGAAGGCUACAGGCCUUUCGCAGAAUAUGUGGAAGACAGCAACGAAGCACUCAUUAACUUGACUGACUCAACCGAGCUUUGGCUUCUUAAGCUGCCUUUCUCCAAUGAUUUUUUAUCUGACAUACAUGGGCAGAAAUUGUUUCUCACACUUCAGAAUAAUGGUAAACUAGCCAUCUUCGAGGGUUCAUCAGGUAAAGUAUAUGAUUUUGUAAGCUUUGCUGCUCAAGAGCCAGACGAAACGGUUUUUGUUUCCUCUACUGAACCAAAAAUAGGUAAGCAUCAAUGUUUUCUAUUACUCAUAUAUGAAGGAUGACAACUACAGCAAGGUAAAAGUGAUGUCAACAUAGCAGUCUUAAUUGAGUACAUAGCUUUUCACAAUGGUGUUGGACAUACUUGCUGCAACAUCCAAAAGAUAGUGCCUCAAUAUAUGUUUUAUGUGCUUAAUAUAGUUUGGGUUAAAGAGUUGUGAGAGUAAGAGCUCAUUUGCUUCAGUUUUUUAGAUCACUUUUAAAAAUAUUUGGUGUUUUUAACCUUUGAAAAAUCAGAAUCUGAAAAAUGUCUUGUUGCUUAUUAUUUUUUAGAAGCUACUUUGAGUAGCUUUUGAAAAACAUCUAUAACUUGAUCCUUAUCUCUGCCAAAAUGGCGAACUAUCCCAUUCUCCAAUUCAAUAUCUGCUUGUAAUUUUCAUGGAUUUCAAGUAUGAUUUCUGUCCUUAUUAUGUGCACGAGGAAACCUCUGUUCAGAUGUUUUUUUUUUGUUUAAUUUGUUCUGUCGAUGUUGUUUUUAUUAAAAAAAGUAUAGGUAUGAUUCCAAUAUUAAUGUAUAUUGGAAGUUAUAUUGUGAGUAGCAAAUGAUUACUUCUUUACUUGUGAACUUAACCUGUAUGUUUUUUUUCUUUGGCAAUGUUUUUCAGAAUGUGUUUUGGAUUCAUGACUUGGAUCUCACUUCCAUUAUUGGUUUUUCUCCCGUUUAUAUUGUAUUGGAUUUUCCAUUGUUGUAUUUGAUCACUUUUCAUGUCGCGUCUCUCAAGUUUGGCUUUUGUGUGUUGUAAUAGUAGUAAUAGUAGUAGGUAGUUUUA